AGUAAAGGUGAAGAAUGCGAUUAUUAUUAUAUAUGCAUCUGAAACUGAAGAAACAUAUAAAAUGAAGAUCCAGUGCGAGGCAUGCGGGGAAAGGGAAGCAUGUUUCUACUGCGUGGCAGAUGAAGCCGCCCUCUGUUCCCACUGUGAUCAAAGAGUCCACAGUGCCAACAAGCUCUCCAGACUGCAUCAACGCUUCUCCCUCCUCCACCCUUCCCCCAGUCACUCCAAGCCUCCCCUCUGCGACAUCUGCCAGGGGAAGAAUGCUCUGUUUUUCUGCGAGCAGGACAGGGCAAUCCUGUGCAGAGAGUGCGAUGGGGAUAUUCACAGACCCAAUAACGAGAGGACCAGGAAACACAACAGGUUUCUUCUCACUGGGGUCAAGCUCUCUGCAACCCUCUCUUCUUUUUCUUCCUCUUCUUCCUCUGCUGCUGCAAAUCUGAUCAAGUCGUCACAGAACUCGAAACCCAAUAAUAAGCAUAUGAGUGUUCUUCCUCCUCCUCCUCCUCCUCCUCGCGCCAUUGGCAGCUUGAUGACGACUUCGAAUGGCAGUGGAGGAGGGAGUGGGAAGAAGGAGCAAAUGAUGAUGGCGAUUGCACAAGAAGGGGAUGAUGGUUUGAUGGUGUGUGGUGGCAGCCCCAUGUUUGAGUACCUGGAGAUGCUUCCUGGCUACCAUUUGGAGGAACUUCUUCUUGAUCCUGGUUAUGGUUUCUCUCAGAUUGGUGAAGAAGAAGAAGAAGAAGAUGAUGAUGAUGCAUUUUCAUUGUGGGAGUCUAAUUUUGACAGCUUGAGCCCCUUAUCAUCAGAAAGUAGUGUGAUGGGUGAUUGGGCAUCUACCUUUAAGAAGAGACCAAGAACUUGUACAGAUUAGGGCAUGGUCAACUGUCCCCCCAAAAAAAGAUCAAAAACUUAAAAAAAGUGCUUGUAACCUU